ACCGGACAGUGUGGCACAGCUUCCACUAACACACAACUGUACGUAUUCCUGUUGUGUUGAGCUUACAGAACACAUCAUGACACUGUUGAAGUUCAUAUGUAUGACGUAUCUGAUAAUUUCUUCGAAAGUAGAGACUGUAAACCCUGCCCUGUCAACUGCCUUCACAACAUGUGCCACUCGGACAACGGGAAGUGUACAGACGGAUGUACACGUGGCUUCUAUGGUGGACUCUGCCAGCACACGUGUGAAGUGUGUCUUGAUGGUGUCUGUGAUCAGAAGAUUGGUACCUGCACCAAAGGCUGCCACCUGACUGAACUGAAGUGUGAUUCUACCUGCACGUUCAACUGUUCUAUAGCGGAAUGCCGGAAAGCGGAACAUUGCAACCAAGGUGAUAGUGACACCAGCAUUGUUGACCUGAAGAUUGGACUAUCAGCAGCCUUUUCACUUUUUGUAGUAAUCAUCCUGCUGGCCUUAUCACCCAUCUACUGCAAACAUUUAAGAACUUUUAAACAGCACACAAUACAGGGAAUUAUACCACAUGAAGCACCAAGUCAUGAGGACCAGGUACCCCCGGACUACUGUGAAAUCAGAGACGAAGAUGUGGACAUCGUGUAUGAGCUGCCAACGAUAAGAGGAGACGAAUCAGUAACUGGAGCUGCCCCUGCCAUACCUGUUCUAACAGACUGCUUUGUAGCAGACUGCGAUAGUGCAGACAAUGAUGCUGCUUCGUCCGAGGAGCCAUGCGUUGACGAUAACACAUACACUCACCUCGUGCGACCGGUUGUUGUUGAGCGGCCGGAAACAGUAGUGAACUAUGUACCUCCAAUCGAAGAGUGAUACAAUAUUACUACAGCAUGCUUUGUCUACAAAUGAUUCUGUAUUUUGUUUUGUUUUUGUCAAAUUAUCUGCAGUCAGUCACCAAAUGUUACACAAUCGGACAAACAUUAACAUAGACAAAAUAUAACAUGUUUAAAAGCAACAUUGAGACAGAGGAAAUUCGUAAUCAUAAUGUCUCCCUGGUGAUUAUUAUACGGGGUUCAAUAUGGAAAGUGAGGUAUCCAAUUUUAUAUACAAAAAGGGUGUGUAAUUUUAUCAUUCUGACAAUAUAUAUUAGUAAUAAGGGUUUUCAGACAAAGACAGACGCGGGGGGUACUGUUGAUCACUCCUAACCUGCAUAACCUCAGCUGUCAUAAUACUACCAUUGGCAGGAAGAGUCCAGUCGUUUUAUGAACAAGCCUGUAACUGAGUUUUGUCGAUCGAUGUGAUGGUCACCUACUACCGUCGCAAUGUGUCUCCCCGCCUUGUUGGGUGAAGGUUUUUCGAGACAGAUAAUUUUUAUUUUUAACCAUACUUAACCUCACUUUUGGUAUCAAUUGGGUUAUGUCCGGGUUUCGGUUAGUUUCAUAACGAUAUGGAUGCAAGCGUGUGUUUACAUUAUCAAUGAGUACAUAAUUAUAAGGACAUUUUGUAAAUACAUUUAUUUCAGAGAGCAGUUGGCAUGUUGAAUUUCACCUACUGCAUUUUACCUACAAUUGUUGCUAUUUGCCAGAAUCAAUUUAUUUGUUUCAAUUUUGUUAUUGUUUUAUUGAUUUGUUUAGAUUUUGCUUUCUGUGUUUAUGAUGGGUCGAAUGUUUCAUUUUUUUCCAGACCUCGAUUUCAUUUCCACAUUUUAUGUAUCGUUUCACUUGUACAAGAUUUAUAGAUUUCGAUGUUAAGACCAAGAAGAUGCAGAUGUAUUUAUGAAAGAUAAAAAAGGACAUUGCUUAGAUUUAGUAUGUUCACUUUGUUAACUUUGUUAACCUUUCCACUCCUUUUAGAAAUAUGAAAUUAAAGGUUACUGAGUGAUGUGCCAGUUAAAAGUGUGAAUGUCAAAUAUACACGUGUAUGUACACUUUAUAAGAAAGGAUUGUAAAUAUUCGAAGAACUUUAUUCGUGUAUAUAUUAAUUUCAAUCUAUGCAUAUGGUUAUUGCCUUGUCAAAGGGACACUUUAAACAGGCAUGUUAGCCGA